AUGAAUAGUAAAUAUGUGAAAAAGGAUUUUAAUUUUACCGGAUUAAUUCGAAUCAAUUAUAGUGAAAUAAUAGAUAUGACCGUGCAUGUACCAUAUAGUGCUUGGAGUGAACAGUGUCGAGCACUACUUGAAGUUCAUUCAAAACUAGAUGCUCUUUGCGUUUGCGAUCAUGGAAGUCGUGUACUAGGAAGUGCAUUUAAAAUCCCGGAAUUUGCGAGUAUAACUAAUUUGAGUACAAAUCAAGUUCGUGCUAUACGUUUGGUUAUGGCAAAAAUUGGUACACAAAAACUAAAUAUUGAUUUUUUAAAUGAUCGUUUUGUUGUUAUUGAUGCAAACAAUGAAAUGUUAUCAGCUAAAUCUGGUAAAAAAAGUUUAUUUGUUGAAUUAACUAAAACAUUAUGUGUAUUCGGUUUGUCAAUGGAUACAGAGACUGAAAAUAAACAUGCAACUGCGCUUGAAGCAAUGCGAGAUAUACAAAAGUGCAUAUAAAAUUCGGCGUUAUGUUGCUUUAUAAUUAUUAUUUAACUACCAAACCUUUGGCAGCUAAACGCAUUUUUGGUCGCCUUUCAGUGUACAAAGUGAGCAUUAUCAUAAAAAAUAUACCUAAUGCUAAAACAAACGGCAUCAUUAUUUGAAUAACUGGUGUUAGCUUUGAUAAAAUCCUUGCUAAAGAACUUUGUGGCAAAACAUCUAUAUAAAUUAUACCUGACCAAUCAGGAUAAAUAUCUGAACCAUUGGGAAUCGAGUACGCAUCACCAUGUAUGCAUAUUAAACUAUGUAAUUCUUUAUACUGUGUCUUGUUCAAUGAUACGGUCUCAGCUACGAUAAUAUUAUAAGCUGGAUCAAUUCUAUAUCGUCCACGUGUUUCACGUAUUAAUGUUGUAAAAUUGACUUGUUUUAAUGUAGUAAUUAGAUAUCGUAAUGGUGUUUUAUAUUGAAUAAUAGUAGUGAAAUUAUAUGCAGUUUUAAUUAACUUCAUUAGCUCAUCAAAACUAUCUGGUGCAUAGAGCCACG